AGGUGGGGUGCGCUAAGCCGAGGGGUCCCUGUCCCCAUUCUGUGGGGUUCCCCAGCGCGGGGCUCCGUGGCUGAGGCUCUCUGGGGGUGGCCAGAGUUUGUGACCUCUCGGGGACUCACAGAUACCACCCAGAGGCGGUAGAAUGGAGCGGGUGAUUGGCUGCGUCCCGCCCUCCAGGUGGCCCCCAUGGGACAAGGUGCUAAACGCCGCCCACUGCACUGGGGCCCACCAAGGUGGCCGCAGACUUUGCAUAGAAAACCUUUCUGAUCCCCGCCAGCCUGGUUUCCCUGCUCCUGCCGGCGACCUGCGGGGGACCGCGCUGAGUCCGCGGUGUCCAAACCCCCUCCUCACACGCAUUUCACCUGGGUCGGGAUUCUCAGGUCAUGAACAGUCACAGUCACCUCCGGGCAGGGCGGGUGAGGACGGGAACGGGGCGUGUCCAACUUGCUGUAGGCUCUUGAAACCCGAGUGUGGCACAGCACGGGGUGAUGAGCGCGUUUGGGGCCCUGUGCGGCCUGGCGCUGCUGUGCGCGCUCAGCCUGGGUCAGCGCCCCAGCGGGGGUCCCGGGUGCGGCCCUGGGCGCCUCCUGCUCGGGUCGGGAACGGACGCGCGCUGCUGCCGCGUUCACCUGACGCGCUGCUGCCGCGAUUAUCCGGGCGAGGAGUGCUGUUCCGAGUGGGACUGCGUGUGUGUCCAGCCUGAAUUCCACUGCGGAGACCCUUGCUGCACGACCUGCCGGCACUACCCUUGCCCCCCAGGCCAGGGGGUACAGUCCCAGGGGAAAUUCAGUUUUGGCUUCCGGUGUAUCGACUGUGCCUCGGGGACCUUCUCCGGGGGCCACGAAGGCCACUGCAAACCUUGGACAGACUGCACCCAGUUUGGGUUUCUCACCGUGUUCCCUGGGAACAAGACCCACAACGCCGUGUGCGUCCCAGGGUCCCUGCCGGCAGAGCAGCUUGGGUGGCUGCCCAUCGUCCUCCUGGCCGUGGCCGCCUGUGUCCUCCUCCUGACCUUGGCCCAGCUUGGACUGCACGUCUGGCAGCUGAGGAGUCAGCGCAUGUGGCCCCAAGAGACCCAGCUGCUGCUGGAGGUGCCGCCAUCGACCGAAGACGCCGGCAGCUGCCAGUUCCCCGAGGAAGAGCGGGGCGAGCGAUCGGCAGAGGAGAAGGGGCGGCUGGGAGACCUGUGGGUGUGAGCCUGGCCGUCCUCCGGGGCCGCCGACCGCAGCCAGCCCCUCCCCAGGAGCUCCCCAGGCUGCAUGGGCUCUGUGUUCUGCUCUGGGCCGGGCCCUGCUUCCUUGGCAGCAGAAGUGGGUGCAGGAAGGUGGCAGUGACCAGUGCCAUGGACCAUGGAGGUCGGCGGCCGCGGCUGGGCCCUGCAGGAGGGAGAGAGAGACACAGUCAUGGCCCCCUUCCUCCCUUGCUGUCCCUGCUGGGGUGGGGUCUCAGGAUGGGAGGCUGUGUCCGUGGGUGUGCAGCGUCCAACACGGGACCUGGCUGCACGGGGCCUUCAAUAAACACUUGUCCAGUGA